UAUGUCUGACACGUCACGAGGAACAUUUAAAUACUCUUUAGCCAUCCACACGUCAAAGCAAAACAAUAGAUUUCAAAACAACCCACGUUAGCUGGCCAGCUAGCAAGCAAGGCUUGUUCUGUCGAUGUGAAACACAUUUCUAACAACUGGAGCACCUCGACUCCAGUUUCCAGAAGUUACCCAGGAUUGAUCCGUCUUUGUUAGACGGAGAUUUAUAAAGGUUGCUUCUGUGAAGGGCAACAUAUCUUGAGUGCCCAAUGGCCACAGAGGACAUGGAGGGCAUUUGUGUAAUGCCAGAUAUGGCUGCCAUUAAGACGGAGCACCCGGUCAGCGUCGGCGUGGGCACACCGGAGGACCCGAGCUCGCAGAACGUCGCCAUGGGGAUCAAGUUCAUCCUGCCAAACCGUUUCGACAUGAACGUUUGCUCGCGUUUUGUCAAGUCGCUCAACGAGGAGGACAGUAAGAACAUCCAGGACCAGGUCAACUCGGAUCUGGAGGUGGCGUCAGUGUUGUUUAAAGCUGAGUGUAAUAUCCAGACAUCACCCACUCCGGGGAUUCAGGUGCGGCACGUGUACACGCCGUCCACCACCAAACACUUCUCCCCCAUCAAACAGUCCACCACGCUGACCAACAAGCACCGUGGCAAUGAGGUGUCGUCCACGCCCCUGCUCGUUCACUCUCUGUCCAUCCACCAGCUGGCAGCCCAGGGGGAGAUGGUGUACCUGGCCAGUCGCAUUGAGCAGGAGAGCGUGAUUAACCUGCAGGAUGAGGAGGGCUUUACUCCUCUGAUGUGGGCUGCAGCUCAUGGGCAGAUCGCUGUGGUGGAGUUCCUGCUGCAGAAUGGAAAUGAAAGCCCAAAGGCCUCUGUGUUAAACCCUCAGGGUGCAGACCCCCACAUCCUAGCCAAAGGGAGAGAGAGUGCCCUGUCUCUGGCCUGCAGUAAAGGAUACACAGACAUCGUGAAGAUGCUCAUCGAGUGCGGGGUGAACGUCAACGAAUACGACUGGAAUGGAGGUGCUCCCCUACUCUACGCUGUUCAUGGCAACCAUGUCCGCUGCGUUGAAAUCCUCCUAGAGAGUGGAGCCGACCCGACAAUGGAGUCAGAUUCCGGCUUCAACGCCAUGGAUAUGGCUGUGGCAAUGGGUCACAGACAUGUUCAACAGGUCAUGGAGGCACAUCUACUGAAGCUGCUGCAAGGAAUCAAAGAGUAACGACACAAGGAAGUGGAACGCCGAAAAGAAGGAAAGGACAACAUUUGAACUGGGAAAUGGAGGGAGCACUGGAUGGAUGGAUGGAUGACGCUCCUGGGGGAAAAGGACAAUCACAUACACACUGUAGGGGCAAGUUGCAAAGAAGAACCCCAUCUUCCAUUCUGCAUGUUUACAUGUGCUUACAACAAAAAAGGACUCAUUCAUUUCGUGGUGAUGCCACUUGUCCUCUCAAUGAAGGACUGGUUAUUUAUAGUGUGUAACUGUGCUUUUCGAAGGUAGGGCAAAGGUUUUUUUUUUUUAAAUCCUUAAGCAUUAACCAGGAUGUUUUUGUUUUGUUUACUGGUUUUUUGUUUUUAACUGAGAGUUCCAGUGGUCAUGUACUGUGGAGGCGCCUGUCUCGUCUGACGUUUCAGAGACCACAUCGGAACAGCGGCAGACUGCGAAGGAGUCAGGUCAUAGUCAGAGUCCUCCUGCGAAGGAGUCAGGCCGGAGGACUCAGGCCCAGGUCAGCUCCAGGUUAGGGGACUAUCUGUGUAGGCUGGCCUCCCCUAUGCCUGAAGGAACUUUUCUUACCAUACCUUUUCAAAACCAUGGGUAGAUGUUUUAAAGCUUAGCUGGUUGUGAUUGUGUGAUGUAUUUAUUUUUGUGUUGUGUUUGUCUUAGUGAAGUGAAUCCAACAAGACUGAAUAAGUGAGCACAGCAAACUAACAUGCCUGCUACAUGGUGAUAAACUACUGGGUUUAUUCAGGUUGAAAAGGGAUCUACUUGGUAUUUUAAGAUGAUGGCAAAUAAUUGUUAGCAGCAGGCAGAUCGUGUCUGUUGCAUAUUUGCUAAACUGAUUGGUGCUACUUAGUCCAUCAAAAUAAAUAUGCCAUGACUGAUUUGUAA